GCCUCCACGCCCGGCGCCCACCCCGCCCCCUGCUUCCUCUCCUUCUUUCUGCCGGCAAGGCAACCGGACACAGAGGCGCAUAAAAAAUAAUAGCACCGCCACCACCGCGCUGCACGGCUGCGGUUUCUGGAAGAUCCCCCCCGCGGUCCGCUUAAAGGCGCGCCGUUCGCACCGCUCGUCUCCCUCCCUCCCUCCCCGCCCACCCCACUGGCAGGCAGCGCUGCCGCGCGCGGCCCUCCCUCGCCCCCGUUUUAAUCACCGUCCAGCGCGGCGGGGGCAGCUAAGCCGGCCGCGCCCAAUCGUACGUUCCGCCACCGCGGUUCCGCUCCCAAUACAGGCGUGUCCACCGCGCGUGCCACGCGCUGCUCCUCUGCUCACGUCUUGCUCGCCCUCUUAUUCCCUCCGAACCCCCAAGUCUCCAACCGAGGAGGAGCCUCUGUCGUGUCAGGUUACUUGCCGGCUUGCCGGCCGUGUCCGCCCGACCCGACUCUUCUCCUCGCCGGCGGGGAGCUGGAGCCUGCCUGCUCGAUCGAGCUCUUGCGCGCGCGCGCGGGCGGGCGGUUGGUUGACGAUGUCAUGUGGCCCCUCUGCGUCAUCUCCGAGAAGCUCUUCAAGAUGGCGGGCGACGACGCCGUGCAGGGCGCGGCGGGCUCGCCGUCCCUCGACGGACAGAUUCCACUAGCACGCCGAUCGUACUACGUCGAUGUUCCGCAUGUGCAGCAGGCCUUCACCUGGGACUGCGGCCUCGCUUGCGUGCUCAUGGUGCUUAGGACGCUCGGGAUUGAUUGCUGCGACGGCAUUGCCCAUCUCGAGAGGCUCUGCCGCACCACGAGCAUUUGGACGGUUGACUUAGCAUAUCUGUUAAACAAGUUUUCAGUCAGUUUUUCUUUCUUUACGGUGACUCUUGGAGCAAAUCCACAAUAUUCUGCUGAAUCCUUUUAUAGGGAGCAAUUGCAAGAAGACAUCAAUCGUGUGGAUGAGCUAUUUGGGAAGGCACUUGAUGCUGGAAUUAGUAUUCAAUGCAGGUCCAUCACCGCAUAUGACAUUGCUUUUCUACUGCUAUCUGGGCACUGCAUUGCUAUUGCUUUAGUGGACAAAUCGAAGCUAAAUUUGCCGUGCAUGAGUGAUCAUGAUGUGCAACAGUUCAACGAGGAGUCAGACUACAUGGGGCAUUAUGUCAUAAUAUGUGGGUAUGACGCUGAUGAUUGUGAAUUUGAGAUAAGAGAUCCUGCUAGUUCCAGGAAACGCGAACGGGUGACAAUGAAGAGCUUAGACGAGGCCCGCAAAUCCUUUGGAACAGAUGAGGAUAUUCUCUUGGUUUCCUUAACGGGAAAGAGUGGAAUGAAGCUCUCACGUAAACUACUUGCCUGCUCCAUGUAAAUAGGUCACUAGCAAGCAACCAACCACCUUGUGAAUACGCUGUACAUGUCCCUGUAGUUAUGAUUGUCGAUUGUCAGCCUUGUAUGUAGCUGAGAUGAGAACGUUCUUUCAGCUGAUAGGAACAGUAUGCUAGUGAACUUAGUAAGCAUCCGGUUUGUUGGCUCAUGCCAUCACCAAACUUUGGCUGCGAAGGCCAAAAGGGUUCAGCAGCAGCAAAAAGCUCUGUUGAUGUUGUAACUUGCAAAUGUUAUACUACGAUUUAGAGCUGAACGUGUACAGAUCUUCAGAAAUAAUAGAAAAAAAAAGUGCUCCUCUGCACCAUAUUCCGUCUA